GAGGUGUCCGACGGGGACACCCUGAAGAGAUCGGAUGGAAGGCGUUCGAGGUUUCGAAGGAGGUGGCGGCGCGGCUGUCGAAGGUCCUGGCCACGAUGAUCGCCGACGGCUGCAUCAAGCUCGAGAAGAUCGGGUCCGAGACCCCCGACCCCGAGAAGCUGGUGGACUACUGCAACAAGCACGCCAACUCCAUCCCCAGCGCCGCGUCCAGCAGCAGCAGCCUCCUCACCGCGCCAUCCAAGGAGCUGGAGGAUUGGGACCGCAAGCUCGUCGAUUGCCUCAGCCAGGACGCCCUCUUCAGCCUCGCCGAGGCCUCCGACUCCCUCAUCAUGGACGGGCUCCUCGACCUCACCUGCCGCGAGAUCGACGACCUGAUGAAGGGCAAGACCAUCGAUGAGAUGCGCAAGAUGUUCAACAUCAAGAAUGACUUCACAAAGGAGCAGGAGGAGGAGAUUCGCCGGAAGCACGCCUGGGCCUUCGGCGACGCCUAGGAGCCUUCGGGUCUCCACUUCACGCUGCGCUAACAUCUCGCUGGAUCUGCCGGCCUAUCGGUUCCGUUCUACUGCCUAGAUCCUUUCUUAGUUGCGGACAUCGUGUCGUGGUUGUUCGACUUGCUUCUUAGUAGUAGGUUCAUAGUUGUCGCCUAUCGGUUAGGUUCAGAUAGUAUAUUCGGUAGUAGCAAAGUCAGUUCAUCCCUGUCGAAGAAAAACAGAAUCAAAUAUGUGGUGGAAGUUUUGAACUGCUUGCAUGAAGUGAUGAAUGAAUAUCAACAUCCUGAAUUGCCCGUCA